GUGGAGGCCAGGAGGAGAAGGAAGAUGAGCCCUACCUUCUUAAUGGAGCACCCGGGGAGGAGGUUGCUAAGCACCAUGAUGGCUUCCGGUCCGCGGCAUGGGCAGCAUGGGCUCCGGGUCUGAAAGACAUCAUCAAGGAUAUCUUGUGUGAGUCGUUGGGGCGCGGAAAGGCCUAUGCCAUGCUCCGGAGGCUUGAUCGUGGCUUCCUGGACCAUCUCCGGCGAGAUCACAUCCCCUACCGACGUGACUGCCGGGCAUGCUUGGCGGGAUACUUUCGAGGUCAUCAACAUAGGCGUGUGGCUGUGCCUGAUGGUUGGACUUUGUCGGUGGAUUGCGUGGGUCCGAUAAAGAAUGGCCUCUCGGAGUUUGGCCCGCAGGUGAAGUAUGCCUUGAUUGGUGUUUUGGUGGUGACGAAGGAGGCGCCGGAGGUUCCGCUGGAGGAUGAUGCCUUCGCAGUGGAGGGCGGUGAGGGUGAUGAUGAGGCCGGGGAUGAGGAGGAUGAGACGGCAGUGGACGAGAUGGCAAAGUGGGAGGAGAUCGCCCGCAAAGAAAAGGUAGAGGGCGGCAAGGUUCUUGAGUUGCCCUUUAUGGUCCCUCUCCCGUCCAAGGCUGCCCCUGUGGUCCUCGAUGGCAUUACGGAGAUCCUCACAAAGAUCAAGGCGAUGGGGCUUUGUGCUCGUCGGGUCCAGUCUGACAGAGGACGCGAGUUCGUCAAUAUGGCGAUGAGACGAUUUUGUUCCCAUCGAGGCCUGAUCCGCACAACCACGAGCGCGGACGACUUCAAGAUGAACGGCCGGUGCGAAGGAAUG